AUGAUGUAUCAUUUCAGCUCUGGCGAGGUGCCUCAGUCUGUCAUUGAUGGUGUCACUCAGCUAGCAUUAUUACCACAGCCAUCCAUCACUCACAUAGCUGAGAACAUUCUGAAAUAUCUAACUGGCGUGGGAGGAGUCAACAAGGAGGCUAUGGCAGAGGCUGUCUCAGAGUUCUCAGCUACAGCAGGCAUUGAUAUUGGGCAGGCCCAGGGUCUGGUCAAGAUACUGCUCAACAUCCUGAAGGCAUCAUAUCGAGGAGGCCUUACCUCAGCUCAAGUAGCAGAGGACUUCCAGAAGCUAACCGGAUCAACAGAGACCACAAAGUCCAUCACUAGCCUGUGGUCUACAUACGUUCACAAAUCAGACACAUCUGUUGACGCAGCUAAACCAAGCGCAGAUGUACUUCCCGCAGCCACACCAGCCAGCGCCGUCAGCACGAAGCCUGCCCCGACGGCUGUGGCGACAGAGGCCGGCCCGGCGCCGGCGGACGGGGCCGAGCCGCCGGCCGAAGCCCCGCUCACCGGCCUGGACGACCUGCUGGAGACGGGCGGCGUGCGCUGCUUCGACGAGCUCGAGGACAUCCAGUGGAGGUUCGGCGUGACGGCGGCCAGCAGUGAGCCGGCGCGCGUCGGCCGCACGUUCGUCCGGCUGGCGCUGCACGUGCUGGCGCCGGACGGAGCGCGCCGCGUGCGCCACGUGCAGCUGGGCGUCAGUCAGUUCUACUCGCUGCUGCACCAGCUGGAGAAGGCGCGGUCCAUGGCCAGGUUCAUGUGAACUGUGAAACCAGCGUACACGUGAAUUGUUGUGUGAUAGGACAUUCCAAACACCGAUACCGUUGGGACUCGCCAUGUUGUCGUUGGCGCACCGGGAUGAGGUUCGCCAGGACACAUUGAUUCCGCCACCCGUUUGUAGGUACUAAGAUACCAGCGACAUGUGCCUAGUUCUGAGGUGGUCGGCAGGCGGUGUGGCCAGCGGCGGCGCGUGGGUGGUAACCGGUAUUCAUAGAGUAUUCGGAAAGGACGGGAAAAUCGGCGGCGAGAUGGCGCUCCCAAUGGAGGGUUUUUCUACGAAUGUGUGUCGCAUUGCUCAUUGUUUAGGAUUGUAGGAGUGCCAUUAUACAAUUAUAUUUGUUAUUCUCGAUUGAUGUACUCGUCGGGGACUUUGUUGGCGAGCUGUUGGUGCGAGGUGAGGAGUUCGAUCGCUAUUUGAACAUUCCGUGUAGUCGGUGAAUGCGUAACCCCGCACUCAACACGCUGUGAUUCACGUGACAGCAUGGUACGCCAGCCAAUCAUUAACAAGUGAUAGUAUACGAUGAUGUGUUACAACAAAGCAUGUAUUUACUCGCAAUAUACAGCUGAUUGCCAAA